AUGCAUUUUCCUGAGCCUCACAUUCAACACCCGCAUGGUGAACAUAUCCAAACAGCAAUUUUUUUACAUGGCCGAGGAAGCAAUGGGGCCGAGUUUGCCGAGGACCUAUUCUCUUCUGUGAACUCGCAGGGCCAAACUCUACCAGAAAGUCUACCACACAUGCGCUGGGUCUUCCCGAACUCUGGCUCGCGAUGGAAUGUACGAUUUCAAGAAGAGAUGCCAUCUUGGUUUGACGCAUAUUCGCUCGAUCAUAUUGAAGAAAGACAAGAGUCACAAGUGGAGGGUCUCCGAGAAUCGGUAUUCUACAUCCUAGACUUGUUGAACCAAGAAAUUCAGCAACUGGGCGGGAAGUCUCAUCGUGUUUACCUUGGGGGAAUCAGCCAGGGGAUGGCGAUCGCACUAUGGUCACUCAUUUGCGGACCAGCAGAGCUUCAGAGUCCACUGGGGGGUGUCUUGGGAUUUUGCGGCUGGUUGCCAUUUGCUGGACAGGUAGAGGACCUAUUGAAAGGAUAUGAUGAUACUUUUAACGUAGUGGACGCGUUAAGUAAACAACGACAGGCCUCGAAGUUACUUCUGGACGUCAUUGCUGAAUUGAACACCCCAAAAUUAUGUGACGAUGCUGAUAUAUCGGUGCUAUCUACUCCUGUUUUUUUGAGCCAUGGCACUGAUGAUACUUGGGUUCCCGUUGAACUGAGUAUUCAAGCAACCCAGAUACUUCAGAACCUUGGGGUCUCUAUAGAGCGGAAUGAAUUUACUGGAGCGGAAGGAGAUGGACAUUGGAUCAAGGAACCCGAAGGCUUUGACCAGAUCACUAAGUUUCUCCAACACCAGAUCGAGGGAAAUGAUUGA